AUGGAAGACGAGGAAGAGCCAAAAAAAUGUGAGCCAGAGAUAUUAAUCCCUCCAAACUUAGAAAUAAAAUCUCUUAAAAGUGAAGGAGAAAAUUUAAAUGAACUUAAUAAAGAAAAUUGCCAUAAAUUCAAAAAUUGCCCAAUGUGAAUUAUAUUAGUAACAAUAUUUUUUACAAUUACAGCAAUUGUAAUAGUAAUCGUUGGAUUUAUACUUGCUUCAGAUAAAUUAUUUUUAUAUCUGCUUGUAUUAUUAUAUAAUCCGCUCAAUGCUUUUAGUCUAAUACCUUUGGCAUAAAUUAUCUAAAGCUUUGUAUGUGCAUUAAUAUGGCGGAGGAGACCAGUCCCGACCUUUUGGUGCAAUUUUUCUCAGAACCUGCAGAGAACACCCAGGUGGGGAAACCAAACUGAGAAACGGGUCUUGUAGGUUUUUCUCAUACUCCAGAGAGAUAAUCCCUGAGAGAUGGGUUUUUACUUCCAGAGAUUCUUGAAAAGGGGACGGCCAGCAAAGGUCAAGAUGGGUAGAGUGAUAAGAAUCCCGAAAGACCCUAGACAGCAUGUGCCUAAUAUGAUACUGGGAGUUGUGCACCGGGAAAUCAGCCCUUUGGGCUUCAAGCCAGAAUUUCAAUCCAACUGUGCAAGACUUUCCUCUGGCGGAGGGACGGAUGCUUGCGGGGUCCUCAGGGACGAUGAGCAUGUAUAGGUGCAAAUCACUAGCCAGUGCUGCUAAGGCGAACGUCAUAAAUUGAUUAAUUAAUUAAUUAAUUGAUCUGAAGCUUUACCGUGCUGAAUAAUUGCAUCAUUAAUGAUGAUCCCACUAGGAUACUGCUAUACCUUGCUAAUUAAAGCAUAUUACGCCAAGCCAGAAGAAAGAAAAGGCAUUUUAUUUGAAAUCCCUGACAUAUAG